GUUGUCUCCAUCUCAUGUACUCCAUCCCUUUCUUCUUCCGUCUCCCUCUUAUUAUUAGCCUCAAUGAUUACUCAUCAUCAUGUGUAAGUGACAAUUAUUAUGUUUUUAUAGUAUGCUUGGAUGGUUUAAAUUGAGGUUUACCUCCAAUGGAAUCAAGUUCCUUAUUCAACCACCAUCACAAAUACCUUUCCUUUCCCCUCUUUCUUCCAUAUACUCAACUUCCCCAAACUCCUACAUCUCUAUCUCUGUAUAUAUAUACUCACACAAAUAAAACAUAAAUUCUCAUUAGACCCCACACACUGUGAAUCAAUCUUCUAUCCCAAAUCUCACACUUUUAGAGACAUGGGUCGUCAUGAUACAUACCAAAAAUUCAUCCUAUUAUGCCUAUCUUUAUUGUUACAUCACAACAUAGUGAAGAAUGUAGAGGGCUUGGCAUGUAACUGGGGAACACAAGCGAGCCAUCCUCUUCCACCAGACAUAGUGGUGAAGCUCCUUAGGGAAAACGGUUUCAACAAGGUUAAACUUUUUGAAGCUGACCCUGGUGCACUUAGAGCUCUUGGUAAAUCCGGUAUUCAAGUCAUGGUCGGUAUCCCCAACGAUCUCUUGGCAACUAUGGCAUCCACUGUUACCAAUGCAGAGCUCUGGGUUCAGCAAAACGUCUCUCAGUACAUCUCUUUAUAUGGAACUGAUAUAAGAUACGUAGCGGUGGGGAAUGAGCCAUUUUUGAAGACAUACAAGGACAGAUUCGUCCGUUCAACAUACCCGGCGCUACAGAACGUUCAAGCAGCUCUAGUGAAAGCUGGUCUCGGCCGGCAAGUCAAAGUGACGGUGCCUCUUAACGCCGACGUUUACGAAUCCGGCGACGGUCUUCCUUCCUCGGGCGAUUUCCGAUCUGACAUUAAAACCCUUAUGGUCUCCAUCGUUAGAUUUCUAGCUGAUUCCGUCUCACCAAUCACCUUCAACAUCUACCCUUUCCUCUCUCUCAACGCCGAUCCGAACUUCCCGCGCGAAUAUGCUUUCUUCCCAAACGGAUCAGGCGGAGGCGGCGGAGCUAAGCCCGUCGUCGACGGUUCCAUCUCUUACACGAACGUCUUCGACGCAAAUUUCGACACUUUGGUCUCGGCGCUUGAGAAGAACGGAUUCGACGCGAACAAGAUCGAGAUCAUCGUCGGAGAAGUCGGGUGGCCGACGGACGGCGAUCAGAACGCGAACCCGGCGUUGGCUCAGAGAUUCAACCAAGGAUUAUUAAAUCGUAUCCUUCAAGGACAAGGAACGCCUCGUCGGAGAACAGCGCCGGAGAUUUAUAUAUUCUCCUUAGUAGACGAAGACGCCAAGAGCAUUGAUCCCGGUAAAUUCGAAAGACACUGGGGAAUAUUCUCUUACGACGGCGCCGUUAAGUAUCCUCUGAGUCUCGCUAACGGACGUCAGUUAGUUCCCGCCAAAGGUGUUCGUUACCUGGCACGUGAGUGGUGCGUGCUCUCUUCUCAGGCUGCGGGUAACGCUGGUGCCGCCUUGGCAACGUCCGCUUCGUACGCGUGUGAGAACGCUGACUGCACCUCGCUCGGGCCAGGCUCUUCGUGCGCGGCCUUAGACCCCGCAGCGAAUGCUUCUUACGCGUUUAAUAUGUAUUUUCAGAAAAUGGACCAUCGUCGUGGCUCCUGUAAUUUUAACAAUCUUGGGGCUCUUACUAAGAUCGAUCCGUCUAGUGGUUCGUGUAGGUUUCCUAUCCAAAUCGAUACGAGCAGGCGCGAGACGUCGAAGCCGCGGCCUCCUAGGAGUUCUUCCGGUGCAACCUUAGCAAAGUGGACGACAGUGACAGCGGUUGCGGCAGCGAUGGUAAUCGGAUGGACGAUCUUUAACUGAUCGUUGGAGGGUUUCAUUUGGUUUGUAAAUUUUCAUACGAUUAUUUUCAUUCUUUUUUCUUACAUAUUGUAAAUAAAUAUGGUCGUCGAUCAUUGGACAUAUAAUUUAGUCUUUUC